UGUCAAACCGAACUCGUUAUAUGUAGGAUGGGAGCAGAGGAACCGAACAUUACAGCUUCCAACAAGAAAGAUUGUUCCUGUCUCCGACGACAAACGAGACCUCUGCUGCGACACCCUUUGAGAUAGAUAGAUAGAGAGAAAAAAUGGGUUUCUUCUCUUUUCUCGGAAGAGUUCUCUUCGCUUCUCUAUUCAUCCUCUCCGCCUGGCAAAUGUUCAAUGACUUUGGAACUGACGGUGGUCCAGCAGCUAAAGAGUUGGCUCCAAAGCUUCAUCUGACCAAAGCACAUCUCUCUUCCAGAUUAGGAGUUGCAUUGCCUGACAUUGAGGUGAAACAAGUGGUAUGGGCAAUUGUUGGUCUGAAAGGACUUGGAGGCUUACUCUUUGUUGUUGGCAACGUCUUUGGUGCCUAUCUUCUGGCUGUCUACUUGGUGGUCGUUAGCCCCAUCCUAUAUGAUUUCUACAACUUUGGACCUCAGGACCGCGAGUUCUCUCUUCUGUUUACCGAGUUCUUGCAGAGCGUUGCGCUUCUUGGGGCAUUGCUAUUUUUUAUCGGAAUGAAGAAUUCGACGACUACCAGCUCCUCCUCCUCCGCCAAGAGGAACCUGAAGAAGAGGACACCAAAGCCUAAAGCUGCUUAGAGUUCUUCUAUUUACAACAGCUUCUGAUGUCUUCAAGCUCUACCUUCAUGUUGCUUCCUUACAAUUUUUGCUUCUUUUUCUACUCUGUGGGAUUCUAGAGUUAGCCACAUUUUUGUGUUUCCUAUAUUUUACUUUGGGUUCUAAAAGAGUUUUCCCAUUUUUUAUCAGAGUAUACUACCCUACA